CGGCGUUGACGGGACUGCGCCCGGUCAGGGUCACGUGAGAGAGGUUUAGUCCGCACACUCCCGCGGCAAGAGGGCAGCCAUUUUCUUGAAGGCUAUUAAGCUUAAGACCCUUUCAGAGUACUGAGAUGAAAAAUCUAGAAUGCCUUUGGGUCUAAUUAUCAAUUUUGGGGGUGAAGCGGGGCAAAGAACCUCACCACUCAGACCCAGACGGGUUUCAUUCAAGGUGCCCUUCAACGUUUUUCGUUAGUCUUUAGAAGGAACUAGUAAUGAAGGAAGCGCAGAAGAUGGGGUUUUGGUCUUUUAAACACGUGAUCCAAGCGGCAGGGUUGGGACUAAAGUAGGUCAACAGCCAACUUCGAGAAAGGAGUGUGGUCCUUAAGGGUGUGUGCCAAGGGGCGGAGUCUAGAGCGGAAGUAGUAACUCCGGGCCGAAGUCCGGUGGAUGAAGGGCGGAAGUAGAGUGUGUAAUCCUGCAGUCAUGGCGCAGGAAGAGGAUGUUAGAGAUUACAAUUUGACUGAAGAACAGAAGGCGAUCAAGGCCAAGUAUCCGCCAGUUAAUAGGAAGUACGAGUAUUUGGAUCAUACAGCAGAUGUCCAGUUACAUGCAUGGGGAGAUACUCUGGAGGAAGCAUUCGAGCAAUGUGCAAUGGCCAUGUUUGGUUACAUGACAGAUACUGGGACAGUGGAGCCCCUCCAAACAGUAGAAGUAGAAACUCAAGGAGAUGACUUACAGUCUCUUCUGUUUCACUUUUUGGAUGAAUGGCUUUAUAAGUUCAGUGCUGAUGAAUUCUUCAUACCUCGGAUGAGGUCUCCCUAUGUUGCUCAGGCUGUUCUCAAAGUCCUGGGCUCAGGCAAUCCUCCCGUUGGCCUCCUAAAGUGCCAGGAUUAUAGGUGGGGAGAAGAAUUUUCAUUGUCCAAGCACCCUCAGGGAACAGAAGUCAAAGCAAUAACAUACUCAGCCAUGCAGGUCUAUAAUGAAGAGAAGCCGGAAGUUUUUGUGAUCAUUGACAUUUAAGACACCAAAAAAGAAAAGACUUCUA